GCAGGCACUGUUAUCAGCAUGACUUUUAUUUGACUUUGUGGGUGUUAAGAACUUAAGAUAGUAAGAGGAGUAAAUCUGCAUUUACACCACUGUGUCGGUGUCAACAUUGAUUGAAUCAACAAAGAAAACCAUCAAAGUCAGCAACUUUACUUUCACUGCACCAUUUCAUCGUCCAAACUGCAAUUCAGUCACACCUCCUGACCUCCACCUUCAUCUUUAUUCAUACAACACCCCACAUGCAGAGACUAAGAAAGAAACAAUUUAGACUUGCACCUUCCAUUCUUUGACCCCCUAAUCCAAUCAUGAAACCUUCCAUCAAUGCCGAUUCUUUCAAAACCCCCUUCAUAAUCAAGACCGUCGCAUUCUUCGCUCUCGCAAUUACCUUCUUUUACUUUGGCAAGCAAUGGUCCAAUCCCAAUGGCUACAGUCACAUCAUCUUCUUCUCCACCACCACCACUGCCACCACACCGCAAGUCGCCAUAUCCCCCAAUUUCAACGUCUCCUUCAAUGCCUCAACCCUAAUUGAUCAAAAUCCCCCAAAAAAAUUAGAACCGUCGAUUCCGCUACCCCCGCCGCCGGCAUUUCCGCCGCCGCCGCCUGCUGAUCCGUUUAGGAAAUUCGGGAUCGUAAACGCAGAUGGCACGAUGUCGGAGGAAUUCGAGGUUGGGGAGCUCGACCCUUCAAUGGCGGAGGAUUGGGAGAACGAUACAAGAGUUGAAGGUUCUGCUUCUGCGUCUGCUAAGAGAUUGGGGAUUAAAAAUUUUGGGAUGUGCCCUCGAAGCAUGAGCGAAUAUAUACCUUGUUUGGAUAAUGUGGAUGCGCUCAAGAAGCUAGUUUCUACAGAGAAAGGAGAGAAGUUUGAGAGACACUGUCCCGAAGAAGGGAAAGGGUUAAAUUGUUUGGUUCCGCCGCCGAAAGGGUACCGUGCCCCUAUCCCAUGGCCUAGAAGCAGGGAUGAGGUGUGGUACAAUAACGUUCCUCACACUCGAUUAGUCGAAGAUAAGGGAGGUCAAAACUGGAUUUACAGAGAAAAAGAUAAGUUUAAAUUUCCUGGGGGUGGUACUCAGUUUAUACAUGGAGCAGAUCAAUACUUGGAUCAUAUUUCUCAGAUGAUUCCUGAAAUUACAUUUGGUCAGCAUAUAAGAGUUGCUCUUGAUGUUGGCUGUGGAGUGGCUAGUUUUGGUGCGUACUUGAUGUCCCGAAAUGUUCUGACCAUGUCGAUUGCUCCCAAAGAUGUCCAUGAGAAUCAGAUCCAGUUUGCUCUUGAGCGUGGUGUACCUGCAAUGGCAGCUGCAUUUGCAACGAGACGUUUGUUAUAUCCAAGUCAAGCUUUUGACUUGAUACAUUGUUCACGCUGUAGAAUUAAUUGGACUCGAGAUGAUGGUAUCUUGCUGCUUGAAGUUAAUAGGAUGCUAAGGGCAGGAGGGUACUUUGUCUGGGCUGCCCAACCAGUUUAUAAACAUGAGGAAGCUUUAGAAGGACAAUGGGAAGAGAUGCUUAAUCUUACUUCUCGUCUAUGCUGGAAGUUUUUGAAGAAAGAUGGCUAUGUUGCAAUAUGGCAGAAACCUUUCGACAAUAGCUGCUAUAUGAGCCGAGAAGGAGUUAGCCCUCCACUAUGUGACCUAACUGACAAUCCAGACAAUAUUUGGUAUGUUGAUCUUAAAGCAUGCAUAUCUCGAUUGCCCGAGAAUGGAUAUGGAGCAAAUAUUACUAAUUGGCCCGCACGUUUGCACACCUCGCCUGAUAGGCUUCAGAGCAUAAACAUCGAUGCUUUCAUAUCCAGGAAAGAGCUGUUUAGGGCAGAAUCAAAAUACUGGAACGAGAUAAUAUCAGGCUAUGUAAGGGCUUUACAUUGGAAGAAGAUGAAAUUAAGAAAUAUUAUGGACAUGAGAGCUGGUUUUGGAGGAUUUGCAGCUGCAUUGAUUGAUCAGACUGUUGAUUGCUGGGUUAUGAACGUUGUUCCUGUUUCCAGCCCGAACACCUUACCUGUUAUAUAUGACCGUGGGCUGAUUGGAGUUAUGCACGAUUGGUGCGAACCGUUUGACACCUACCCACGAACUUAUGAUUUACUGCAUGCUGCAAGCUUGCUUUCUGUUGAGAAGAAAAGAUGCAAUGUCUCAACUAUUAUGCUGGAGAUGGACCGGAUACUAAGACCUGGUGGACGGGUAUACAUCCGUGAUUCUCUUUCCAUCAUGGAUGAGCUUGUAGAGAUCGGCAAUGCUAUCGGUUGGCAUGUGUCGGUACGCGACACAGCCGAGGGUCCUCACGCAAGUUAUAGAAUCUUGGUAGGUGAUAAGCGCCUGCCACGCAGUUGAUUCAGUGAGAGAUCAUUAUAUAAUAUCAAAACCCAUGAUUUUGGUAUUGAUCCCUGCAAUGGUGAAGCCAACAGAACAGGGUCACAAUUUUAUUGAUAAAUACAUGACACGCAUGGAAGUGUAAGUAUCAAAUUCUCAAUAGAGGGAUGCUGAGGUAGUGAAUGCUGAGAGCAUUCAUUUGUUUAUUGAUUCAUUACAAAAGAUCACAAAAGAGCUGGUCAAGGUGUAUUACCAUUUUAGGUUUGUAAAUUCAAUUUAUUUGUAUAUUAGUACAAAGUUUUUAGGCCCAGCAUGUGUUGUAUUUGUUCAUUAAGGUUUAGACCAUCAAAAAUUACUUACAACUAUGUAUUUGCACUUCAUAAUACUUUUUGUCUUGUU